UCAUGGCUUGGAUCCGCACUGCGCUGCAGCGUCUUGGGAGACGUGGGUCCUCCGAGCCUCUUUAGUGCCGGAGCUCUGGCCGCAGGGAGCCCCGCGGCGGCGCGACGAAGGAACAGAACCUCUGGAUGGACUCUUCCUGGGAAGUUUUGCUAACUUGCAGCAGCUGGACCAUGUUCCUCAUUAAUAUCUGUCUGUCAGCAUAAUCGUCACAUCAUUUCACUGUGGUGGCAGGGACACACAGCUCUGGAAUUCUGUUUAGAAAAAGCAUCUGGAUCCCAGUCUUUUCAAUGGCUUCGAGACAAUCAGAAGUACCUGCUCUUGAGCCUAGUGGGCCUCUAGGCAAGAUGUCCCUGCCCAUUGGGAUGUACCGCCGGGCAUUCAGCUAUGACGAUGCCCUUGAGGACCCUGCGCCCAUGACUCCUCCUCCAUCAGACAUGGGCAGCAUCCCCUGGAAGCCAGUGAUUCCAGAGCGCAAGUAUCAGCACCUCGCCAAGGUGGAGGAAGGAGAGUCCAGUGUAUCCUCCCCUGCCAUGACCCUGUCAUCGGCCACUGACAGUAUGGACAAGGUCCCAGUGGUGAAGGCUAAAGCCACCCAUAUCAUCAUGAAUUCUCUGAUCACAAAACAGACCCAGGAGAGCAUUCAGCGGUUUGAGCAACAGGCAGGGCUGAGAGAUGUUGGCUACACACCCCACAAGGGCCUCACUACCGAGGAGACCAAGUACCUUCGAGUGGCAGAAGCACUUCACAAACUAAAGCUGCAGAGUGGAGAGAUCACAAAGGAAGAGAAGCAGCCUGCAUCAGCCCCAUCCACCCCAAGCAGCACCCCUCACUCUUCCCCUAAGCAGAAAUCCAGAGGCUGGUUCACUUCUGGUUCUUCUGCAGCCUUACCUGGCCCAGAUUCUAGCACCAUGGAUUCUGGAAGUGGGGAUAAGGACAGAAACCCAUCUGAUAUAUGGAGCCUCUUUGGACCGAGAUCCCUCCAGAAGUCUGAUUCUGGAGGUUUUGCCACCCAGGCUUACAGAGGAGCCCAGAAACCCUCUCCAAUGGAACUGAUCCGUGUGCAGGCCACUCGUAUGGCUGAGGAUCCAGCGGCCUUCAAGCCACCCAAGAUGGACAUCCCAGUGAUAGAAGGGAAGAAACAAGCACCCCGGGCCCAUAACCUCAAACCCCGUGACUUGAAUGUGCUUACGCCCACUGGGUUCUAG